GCAAAUCUCGUUUUCAAGCGGAGAGAGAGCGAAGUGCAGAGGGAGUGAGAGCGAGAGCGAGGGUAUUCAGAGUGUUUAUAUCUGCAUCUGCGAUUUCUUGGAAGCCAUAACAGGAUUCAAAGAGAGAGAUGUAUUCUCUUCUCUACGCUCUGGCUCCUUCAUGGACUUCAGCGGCGAUACUAUUGACAUUCUUCGUCUACCUGGCGAUUGCUGGAUCUAUUCUACCAGGAAAGGUGGUUCCUGGAGUGAUCUUAUCAGAUGGCACUCGUCUCCAUUAUCGCUGCAAUGGCUUAUUAUCUCUUCUUUUGCUGGUUGGGCUCCUUGGUGUUGGGGUUUGGAUGAAUUACGUAUCACCAACAGCAAUAUCAGACAGAGGACUUGAGCUUUUAUCGGCAACUUUUAUAUUCAGUUUUCUUGUGACAAUGCUACUUUAUACAGCUGGUUGCAAGUCAAGGAAUCUGGGCUCAUCUCUAAAGCCUCAUGUCACCGGAAACUUAAUAUAUGACUGGUGGUUCGGGAUACAGCUUAAUCCUCAGUUUAUGGGCAUUGACAUCAAAUUUUUCUUUGUAAGAGCUGGAAUGUUAGGAUGGCUGCUUAUCAAUCUUUCCAUUCUAGCAAAAAGUAUUCAAGAUGCCAACUUGAGCCAAUCAAUGAUCCUUUACCAGCUAUUCUGUGUGCUGUAUGUCCUGGACUACUUUUUUUAUGAGGAGUACAUGACCUCCACAUGGGAUAUCAUUGCGGAGAGAUUGGGCUUCAUGUUGGUGUUUGGGGAUCUAGUGUGGAUCCCUUUUACUUUUAGCAUCCAGGGUUGGUGGCUUUUAAGAAAUCAAGUGGACCUAACAACAGCUGCUAUUGUUGCAAAUUGCUUUGUUUUUCUGAUGGGGUAUCGAGUGUUUAGAGGGGCUAACAAACAAAAGCACGUGUUUAAGAAGAAUCCCAAGGCACUUAUUUGGGGUAAGCCUCCAAGAGUUAUUGGGGGAAAGUUGCUUGCGUCUGGUUAUUGGGGAAUCGCAAGGCACUGUAAUUACCUUGGGGACUUGUUGUUGGCACUGUCCUUUAGUUUACCUUGUGGGAUAAGUUCCCCAGUUCCAUAUUUUUAUCCUACUUAUCUUCUUAUUCUACUAGUAUGGAGGGAAAGAAGAGAUGAAGCUAGGUGUGCAGCUAAGUAUAAAGAAGUGUGGACAGAGUACUGUAGGCUUGUUCCAUGGAGAAUAUUGCCAUACAUUUACUAGUAACAAGGUUCUGCAUUUGUUUAACAUAACCUGUCUGGCAAAUUAAAUGCUGCUGGUUUGUACUUCUACAUGUAGGGAUGUUGUUGGCCCUCAAAUUAUAUGCUGCUUGCUGGAAGAACCUUGGGGCUCUUGUUUGUACCCUACGUAUUUCUUUUUAAUGGUUUUGUCAUUUCAAAAAGAUAAGUUUUGAUCCUUCAACAAAAUGCAGGCUUUCUUGUAGGGUUAUUCCCUCUUUGAUAUUUGAUGUUUUAAUAUGAAGGAAAAUAUCCAAAUGUUUGACA